GUGGAGAAACAAAUCGCGGCGCUGCCGACGGCGGCGCGGUUGGGGGCGUACGGCGCGCUCGUGGCGCUCGGCGCCGGAUUGGGGAACGCGGUGGGCUCCGCGAUGCCGGCGAACGUCAGGGGAGGGGCGAAAGCGGCGCUGACGGCGGUCGUCGGUGGUGGCGCCGCGUAUGGGGUGUCGGUGGCGGAUAAGAAGCGGUUCACGGCGGCGCCGAAGAGCUUGUGGAACUCGCUGCAGGGACGGGAUCCGUUGAGCGUGACGGCUGAGGAAGUCAACGCGAUGGGGGCGAAGUUUGGGAUCGCGAACAUGGGUCAAUCGUGCGCGACGGCGAUGACGGAGCUUUACGACGUCUACUUGAUGUCUCUCGUGCCGCAAGGGUUGGAUCCGGUGCAAGGUUGGGAAGCCGCGGCUUUGGCGCAGUUUCGCCAAACGCUCGGCAUAGACGACGCCUCGGCGGCGCAGGCGCACUUGGAGGCUGGUCGUCGCUUGUUCAGAAAGCGCAUCGAACUCGGAUCGACGGAUAAGGAGACGGACUUGGAAUCGCGCAAGGAGUUCCAAAAGCUCGUCUUCAUCUCUACGCAAACCUUUGGCGAAGAGCAAGCGCGAUUUUUGCUCCCGUGGAAGCGCGUGUUCCGCGUCUCGGACGCCCAAGUCGACUUGGCCAACAGAGACAACGCGAGCCAGCUGUUGCGCACGAGCUUGUCCAAAUCUAACGCCAUCGCUAACGUUGACGCCGCGGCGAUCGCGUCGGCGGCUGACUACAAGGCGUCGCUGAAUUUGGACGACGACGCCGCCGGUGAAAUCGCCCAAGACCUCGCCACGGCGCACGUCGCCGGCAUCGUCAACGGCACCAUUACGUUGAACAAGGAACGUGGCUCUGCGCGUGACGUCGGUACGAUUUGCAAGAACGUUGAACAAGUUUUGGCUUACAACGUCAAGCUCGAAGGCGCGCAAGGUUCUUUCCCGGGUGUUGGUCCGGUGACGCUGUUCGGCGGCGAGUUUGACUCGAAGAUGACGGAACUCAAGGACGUGUUCAGAACCUACCUCGAGGAAGGCAUCAAGGGUUACUCCUUCAGUGCCGCGCUCAACGACAACCUCGGCAAGCUCCGUCUCGUGUUUGGCAUGGGCAACAAGGAGGCAGACGACAUUAUUCUCGCCUCCACCACCGCCUCGUACCGCCUGGCGCUUCGCGACGCCGUCAAGAGCGGCUCGUUGGACAACGCCGAGUCUCCAGCCAAGGUGCUCCAAGGUUUGUGCGAAGGCCUCCGAUUCCCUCCGGAAGUGGCUGCGGGCAUUCACGAAGAGAACUAUCGCACCAAGCUCGAGUCCAUCAUCUCAUCGAAUAAAAAGCUCGAAGACGCCGACGUCGAAGCCUUGGCUCGCGUUCGCAAGCUCUUGUGCGUGCCGAAGGGCGUCGUUGAGAAGCUUCACUUUGAAAUCUGCGGCGAAAUUUACCGCACCGCGGUUCGCUCGGCGCUUUCCGUGCCGACCGAGUCCUUCACUCCGGCGCUUCGCGACCGAUGCAAGGCUGCCAAGGCAAACGUUCGUCUCGACGACGAAACCGCGCUCAAGAUUCUCGGCGCCGAGGCUCGCAAGCAAAUGAGUGGUUUCAUCCGCACGUCCAAGUCCAUUAGAAACAAGACGGACGCGCAGAAGGAGAUUCGCAAGAUGAUCUUCUACAACCAAGGCGUCGUGACGCCGCUCGUGCAGGACGUGACCAAGGCAAAGGCUGAGGCGGCGGCGGAGGAGCUCGCCUCGCUCUUGAAGGAGGCGCAAGAGGCGGCGGCGAAGGAGGAAGCGGAAGAGAAGGCGAAAGCCGCCGCGGAGGCUACCGCGGCGGAGCCUGAAGCCGCCGCUGAGCCCACGGAAGUCACGCUCGCCGAAGACAUGGAUGUGGUCACUCGCCAAGCGAUGUACAGAGAAUACCUCAUGUUCUGCAUGACUGGUGAUCAAGUGAACGCCCCGAUGGGCGUGCGCAUCAACAUCGAGCGCGACCAAAGCGAAUUCAAGCGCUUGUCCCAGCUCGGCGAUAUCCUCGGCCUUAACAUGAUGGAAGUCGGUCAAGUGCACAAGGAUCUGGCCGACAAGGCGUUCCGGACGCAAGCUGAGCAAAUGCUCGGCGACGGCCGCGGCCUCACCGCCGAUCGCGCCGAGAAGCUCAAGGAAAUUCAGACGCAGCUCAACUUGCCCGAGGACGAGGCGCAAAAGAUCAUCAAGGGCAUCACCUCGCAACGCAUGAUGUCCAACGUUCAGCAGCAAAUUGCUUCUGGUACGCUCGAUGCGGCUGAGGUGAGAAAGAUGAUCGAAGCUGGCGUCGAAAUCGAGCGCAUGAUUCCGGAAGACAAGCGCAUGAACUUGUUCCGCAAAAACGCCGAGCGCCGUUUGGGCGACGGAAGCGGAAGCGCCGACAUCGAAGCGCUCACGGGUACCUUGGUCGAAGAUCUCAAGAUUGAUGGUGAGAAGGCCAAGACUGAGCUCAAGAACAUCGCUGCCGAGAAGAAGCGCUCUCAAAUGAUUCAAGGCGUCGCUGUCUUGCGUCAAAAGAAGGCUGCCGACGUCCUCCUGUGCUGCCGCAACUUGGUCGCGUGCCAAGCCGUGGCGCCCGAGGCCAAGUUGGAGUGGAAGGUGGAAUCUGAGGUGUUCGACAUGUACUCUGUCUUCGUCCAAGAGUGCUCAGACGUGGAAGAGCGCAAGGUUCUUCAAUCUGCUUUGAGCAUUAGCGACGAAAGCGCCCGCAAGCUUGAACAAGUCGUCGCCGACGGCGCGUUCAAGUUUUCCGAAGACUCGUUAGACGAGGCCCUCUUCUAGUUUCUCGAUCUAGAUUGAGAAACGAUCCACCGUAGCAAA